AUGACGAACACCGACGCCGACUAUGAAGAUGCGCUCUCCUCGCCCGCGGAGGCGAAUCAGCGCUUGCGGGAGCUCGCGAUCAAGUUCAACCACCCGAUUGGCCGCUACGGCUUCAUGUGCGGUGAAGUCACACAAUUGCGAAACCGGAAGAACGACCCCAACUUCAAGGAGCUCUCACCGGUCGACACGGAGCUGGCGGACGUUCUCGUCAAGACGGGACGAUACGAUGUGGCUCUCACGAGGGUCAAGACUCUUCGUGGGUGCCUGCGCAUCGAAACAUUCGUCAUGCACCCCGUCCCGUCGACGCCGAGACGCGUGCAGGAUCACGUCCCGUCGACCAAGGUCUGGCGCUGGCGCGGCUCUCCGCGCUGUGGAGCCCUCGUCCUUGUGGUUUGGCCGAAGCCGCUCCGUCUGCGGCUUCUCGGCUACAGCGCUGUCGAUGAGAUUCUUCAGCGCGAGAAUGGCUUUCAGGCCGUCGUCCAUCUUCUCGGUGGUCUCGAGCGCGCUUUGCUCGUUGUGAAGCUCCUCGCCAGCCUCACCGACACCACGACGGACGCCAUCAGAGCACCGCCCCGCGCCAAGACGGCUCUCGGGCUGCGUUUGAUGGGCCUGCCGCGUACGGACAGCAAGACCAUUUGUGUUGCGUUUCUCGGCUGCUUGACGCGGGCCGAUAGUCUCGGCCGUCUGGUCUUCCGCGCCUUGGCGCAGCAUGGGUGGCGGCAGGUCGGACACGCUGUCGUCACGCUGUUCAACCGCUGCGCCGACCAAGACCCAAAUGUUCCGGGACUUGUGCAGCUGGUCCUGCAACUCGUCGGUCUUGACGGCACCAAGUGGGUCCGCGACGCCCGGCGCGCCCAGAACCAAGCGUACUUCUUCGAGUACGUCAAGAUGAUGUACCGACGCGCCUUGUACAUCGUCGUCAAUCUGCUGCGGCUCGAGGCGUACGUGACCACGUACAAGGGUGAGGCUCCCAAGACGUGGCUCUCCACGGUGUUGGGCGUCGAUCACGUCGCCUUUCUGGUCGGUCUCUACAGAACACCAUCGGUGCUCGACUACGUGGUUCUGGACAUCGCACACGACGCAUUUUACUCGCCGGUCAACAUUGCGGCGCCGGCGAUCAUGCAGUUCAACACGGCGGCCACUUGCCCCGCGUCGUUUAUUGACGGCGCCAUCACGUGGCUCACCAACUCGCCAUACCGCGCCACGGUGCGCGGUCUCGCGUCUUUUCUCCACAUCCUCGUGACCAAGAAUUGCCUGGACAAGAUGGACGCGCUGUGGUCCCAGGUCGGGGCCGUCAUUCCGGCGAUCUUGCACCUCGUGUCAACGACCGACCAGUCGUCCGAGACACUCAUCGCCUUUGACCGCGCCGUCGGCUUCAGUGUCGCGGGCUUCGUGCCAUUUAUCUCGGACGACGAGGACAAUCUCAAGCCGCUUGCCACCGCGCUCGAGGAGCGCAACUGCAUCAUCGACGUACAGCGUCGCCUCAUGGUCAAUGCUGCCGCGUACCUCACCCGCAAUCCGCGGCAACCACGGACGCUUCCCCGCAACACGGUGUCGUCGCUUCUCGGGCUGUGCAAUUCUCCGGCUGCGGCUUGGGUCAUUACGCCUCUGGUUUUUGGCCUUCCGCACGGCAUCGAGCAGCACCAGCUUGCUCAAAGAUGCCUUGACAACUUGCAACGCGUCCCCGAAGACGACUCCGUCUUUUACUCCCUGCGUCAAGACGUUCGGAAGCUGCGCAACCUCCGCGACAGCAACCGUGGCUAG